AAAGAGACAAAUAUUAAAUGUAAACCUUAUUUUUUGAGUUUAUUUUUGUUUUCUUGUUAUAUACUGGAUAUAACAUUUAUUUUAUGCGAAUGUUGUUGAUAUUUUAGAGGAAUUAUUAUGUAACUAUCGAUUUAUAUAUUUGUAACUAGAAAAUAAAAAAAAAACAUAGAGGGGCAAGAAAGUAUAUACAGUUGUGUUGUGCUGGUAGAAUUUUUUUUCAUUACAUUUCAAUUUAGUUUAGUUAGUUUUUUUAUUCUUCCUUUUAAAGGCGAAAACUAUAACAGUUUUAGUACAAAAAAUACACAGAGUGCAGUUUAGUAAAGAAAAAAUAAAAAAAGAAAAACAUGUUAUACUAAUAGAUAUUUGUUUAUGUUUAAGAUACAUGUAAUAGCAACGUCAUAUCGAACUCAUCAGCUAACGUAGAAAUCAACCAACCAUUAAAAAAAUACAUUUAUCUAUAAAUCCCACUCCUUACAUAGCUCGGCUUCACUUCUUUUCUUUUGGUUUCAAACAAAAAUAGUAAAAUAAGAAGAAAAGAAAUUAUAACAUUUUAUGUGUCAUAACAACAAUAUUAACUUUAAUUAAGCAGUAAUUGAAAUAUAACUAAAUUUUAGAGCAAAUUAUAAAUGUUAAUUAAAUAAUUUAGUUUAAAAUUACAAAAAAAAAACGUUAUUAAAUGUUAGUUAAGCUUAAACAUUUAUAGUUUGUUGUAUAUCAUAUGCUGUUAACAAGAUCUAGUAAAAUUUUACAACAAAACCUUAGACCAUGUGACCAGACCUUUACAGGUCUUCCUAUAUAUGCUGUUUCUUUAACUCACACUUUCAUCCUAACUCUCCAUAACACAUAAUCUCUUAAACCAGCUAAAGCUUAAUUAAAAAUUCGUAACACUUAAGCAUUAACAUCAAUUCAAAACCCAAAUGAGAUUAUGUGUAAUAUUUAAAAUAACUUUAAAUGUUCGUUAUCAUACUCUCCAAAAAAAAAAAUAAAAAUAAAAAUUACAAAAUAAAAAACUUUAAAAUAUAAACAUCAAAUUAUAUUAAAAAAAUCUAAAUGUUAUUUAGAAAAUUUCUUAAUGUGAACGUGUAUUAAACAUUCUUAGGUAAAUUAUAUAGUAAGAAAUUAAACCAUUUUUAUAAUAAUUUAUUAUCAAAAAUUUUUUAAGUAGUCUUUUUUUUAGUUAGUUUUUUAACUUAUUUAACAUAUAAUGUAAAUUAAAAAAUUUUAAGUAAAUUUACACAAUCAUUAAUUCCCCUAAAACCAUACUGGCUGUAUUAUAGAAACAAAAAACUAGAGAUCUUUUUAGAUUAAAAAAAAUCCCUUUCAGUAUGCACUUAACUUUUUAGAGAGUUUAUUUUUGUAAGCAGCACUUUAUACUCUUUUAGUUGUGAUCUUUUAAACUCAAAUCCAAACAAAAAAAAAAUCAGUUUUAAUUAACAAACAAACAUCCCGUGUUUGGCAUACAAAAUUGUACAUGUCAUUUCACAACAACAACAGCAACAUUUAACUGAACUACCAAAUUCUGAAAUUUAAGACCAUUUUUCUUCUCUCGCUCUCUAUAACUCUCUCUCACUCUUUAGUUCUGUCUGCUAAUAAAAUCAAAUAUAAAAAAAUCAAAAAAAAAAUCUAAUCCUUAGUCUCUAGACCACAAACACUUGCUCCUAGUAACUUCCAGCUUUUUGUGAGAAAGUUUUAAAACUUACUCUAAGCUUUAACAAAUUGUAGACUUCUCUCUAAGAAAAAAACCCUUAAAAAACAACAACAAAUUUUACACUUAGCAAAAGUAACUAUUUUUUAAAGCAAACACUAUAACUACUUAGCCGGGUAACUCAAACUUAAGUUAGCUUUAUAUUUUACACUCACACACUCUACAAAUUUAUAAACAAACCAAAAAAAAAAAGAAAACAAAAAAAAUAAACAACUAACUUAAACACAAUGUAUGCGGCAGCGGGCGGUGCUUCGUUGGCCUCGCGUCAGGCCCGACAACGUCAGCGCCAGCAAAAGAAAACUCAACAACUUCAAGCGAAACUACAUCCACCGAAGGCAGCGGGUAUUGUCCUAGCCGAACAUGGCGCUUCCACGCCCACACGACAUUCACGCCAAUUCCACCAAUUACCCAAUAAUUACUUACGUACACCGCAGGCUCAGGCACGCAAGCUUAGUGCCAGUUAUACGGCUCAAUCCAAGCUUUUACUGCCAAUCGAUGAGGGCGACACACAAUCGGUGCUGCACAUGCAAAUGCAUUCACAUGCUCAUGGCCAUUAUACGGGGCAUCCGGGUCAUAGUCAUCAUGCCCAUAGUCAUGCUCAUCAACAGGGCCAUCAGCAUAUGGGCUCCUAUACACCCGACGCCCAGCACACGCAUCAUCAUCAGCAUGGACGCGUAUCGCCUAGAUUGGUGCAUCGUCAUUCGGGCAGCAGUGGCACUAGCUUCCAUUAUACACACUUGCCGAAAUCGGCCACCGCUACGCUGCCGCUGGUUUCGCAAGUUGAGGCCACACCACCGACGUCGCCAGAGGGCGUGGCCGUCGCCGGCGACCACUUAACAGGCGACACCCCACCUACGAUGACUGGACAGGAGGAGGCCAGCACAACAAUGGCUUUACCUUGCCACGACUCUAUUAUAGUGACGCCGGCCACGCCCAUGGCUUCGCCUGGUCAUGUGGCCAAACCACGCGAUGAACUUUCCGAAGCUGCAGCGGAAAAACAACCCCUAACCGCCGCCAUUGAUUCGUGCGAUGACGACGAACACAUGCAGCCACCCACCGGUCCUCUCGAACGCAAAUGCAGUGUCUAUCGCAUGCGUCGUAGUGAUGCUUUUGAAUUGGAUGCUGCUGCCGCCUCUGCCGUUAGUGGCGUUAAGCGUCAAUUCAAAGAGCUACAAUUCAAUCAGCAACAUCAACAAUAUGAACCCUUACUCACCGAUGAUCCUCAUAUUAUGUUUCGGGGUGGUCGUAAGGUUCAAUUAUGCGCCUACUGCGAAGAAGGUAUUUGCGUCUGCGAACAUAUUGAGUGUGCCCAGGGAAGAGCUGCUUGGUUGGAACGUGGACGUCGUUGCAGUGUCCAAGAAAGUCAACAACAAGCGGCAGCUUGUCACCGGCGUUGGGUAAAAAGAAAUAGAAUACAGGAUGCCUCUUUGGGUGGUUCUUCGGAUGAUGAGGACUUUUUGGGAGUUCUGCGUGGUCCAAGCACUUUUGCAAAUGCUUUUUUAUAUGUUGGUCUGGGAACAAUAGCACUCGGUUUAGUUAUAGCCUUUGUAGGUACUGGUGAGAAAGGCUUCAAAACAGUGGAAUUGCGUCUAAUUGGGCCAUCACUUAUAGGCCUUGGAUUCAUAUGCUGUAUGUUACGCAUAUUAUUUUGCAUAUGUCCCUCCCAUUGUAUAUCAACGAAGAAGAAUGCGCGUAAGAAAAACGGCAACAAGAUCGAUGCCGAUCAUACAACCUCACUGCUAAGAGGAGAAAGUAAACGAGUUUCAAUAGCUCGAGGUCCUGGACAACAGCCAAGAUAUCCCAUUACACACAAAAGAUCGAAUAGCAAAAUGCUUAAUGAAGGCAUGGAAGCUUUGAGACAAAUCGCCACCACCUCAUUGUUUAUGCAAAAUGAACAGAAACCCAUGACGAAUCGUAUUGUUCCCAUUAUCAAAGAACCGGAAAAUGUUAAUGCUGAUGCAAAUGAAGCCACCAACGACAAUAAGAAAACCUUAGAAACAAUGUCCGCCAUGGAUAUGUCCCAAGAGCAAAAUACAAAUUCAAGCCCUAUAGCAGCUAUUGAUAAUGAAUUAACAACUACUAAAACUGCCGUUUUUAAAGCACCUUUAAAAGAGACAAAGGUGGAGGAGGAAGAGGCGAAAGACUGCUCAGUAAUAGUGAGUGCGAGUAGUGGUUUCAGCAACAACAACAACAACAACAACAACAAUAAUAAACUAUCACGUCAACGUACAGCUGUUCAUCAACCAACACCUUCGGUACAUUUGCUGGGACAACAGAAUGAAAGUAACCAGCAGCAGGAAAUGGAAACAUCAUUGAUGUUCAUAAGAAAUCCUAAAAUAACCAACGAAAUGCUUUCAUCACAACCUCCUCUCCCAACAACAACAACAACAUCAGCAGCUGCUGCAGCAGCAACAACUACAAUAGAUGCAGCUAUUUCAUCUUUAAAUUAUUCCAAAGCCGACAACAGUCUUAUACCGCCUAUACAUGGACCCAGUAGUAUGACAAAAAGUAGUUUACUGACUGCCAGGCCUCAGACAAGUGUUUUAACAGCCGCCACCAGCAGUAAUACAAAUACUGCUAGCACUUAUGCCGCUGCACUGGCGGCAGCCAUUUCUUCCCGCGGUAAUACUGAACGAGCGGAAGGCCUAGUGCGAGGACCUUUGGGUAUGCCCAUGCAUGUGCUGGCUGCCUCAUCCUCCACCUACGCCUUACCAGCCUCAGCACCUAGUGUUUGUCUGGUAAAAACCUCCACAUCCGCACCACUUCCAGCACCCUCAACAGCUCCCUCUAUACUCAACAGCACAACAACAUGCGACAGCAACACAGCUCAUCAUCAGCAAACUAUACCCGGUCAAGUGGUACAGGAUGUCAAAACUUUGAGUCAUACGCUAGCAACAACUGUGCCAAAUACCAAAUCAUCUGGCAGCGAAAACAACUAUAGCAGCACAACUUUAAAAUUCCCCGCAACAACAAUGUUAUCUUCCACAUAUUCGGGUAGUUCUUCUACGCUUUCGCCGAACAGUCUUAUAGGCUCCACAUCAUUUACCACGCCCACCACUCUACCCACUACCGGCAGUAAAUACGAGCCGGAGCUCUUGCUAAGUCCAGCUAAACUUGGUCAGUGAACAAAUAAACGUAAGCAUAAUUGGUUAACUAUUAAACCUAAGAGUUAGAGUUAUUUGCUGUAAGUAUUAUCAGUGUUUUAGAGAAAUGCCAAAACGAUAAAAAAUGAAAAAUGAAAAAAAAACAAAUUAUCCACUCUAUGUGUAUAGAAUAUUAAAGGAUAAAUAGCAAAUGAGUUAUGCUCCUCAACAUAUUGUAUUAAACAAUCAUUUUUAUUUUUUUUAUUUUCAUGAUUAAUUUUUAUGUAUUUUAUAGUUUAACUAUGUAGAACUAAUUAUUCCUUUAAUACUAAAAACAAGGUCUGGUCAUAAAGCAAAAACAAAAGUAAAACAAGUAGUAAAGUAUAGUCGGACAUGGCCGACCAUAUAAUACCCUACACCAUGAGUAUAUUUUUAAAAUUUUU